CGUGUACCUACGGUACUGUGGAGGGCGUCCGUCUACAAUGUCAGCUGAGGUACCAGACAAUUCGAUGUCGCAACGCCCUUCGCCGUGUCCCAUGUGGUACGCCCAGGAACUUCAUCUUCAAGAGCGACGCAAAAUGAUCACAAACAUGUGCGUGUUUUUACAAAACUGUCACAACCUUCGUACUACACAGAGCCCGAUUGCUCCAAGCGCGUAAACCAAAUGCCCCGGUAGAAUGGAUGCAAAAGCUUCCACAAAUGGCUAGGCGCCUCGAAGAAUCUUUAUUUCGCUCUGCAAAUUCAUUUGUAAUUUUUAAGCACAAACAAGAAAUAACACCUCCGAUGCAUAGGAUGAAUAUAAGGACACUCAGACAUUGAAAAGGAGGCUGCAAGCUUUGGCGAUAGCCAUGGGAUUGCGCGCCCAGCAGCAAAAACCAAAGCCUGAAGAAGAUGGAAGUAUAUCUCAAAGGGGGGCCACAGGAGCACAAGCUGCUUCGAAUGAAAUCAACUCGACGCCUGCAGUAGCCGAUUAUGCUUCUGCUGCACAUUCAACCAAUAGUGAUGUUGUGUCCCAUGCAGAAAAGCAGUGUUCCCGGCAAAGUUUUUAAAUUGUAUUACUUCUGCCUGAUUUGUCCAGGUAAGUACCGCAAACGAAGCCGGUAAUGUUGGCGAUAUUACCACAUCAAUGAGUGUUGGAGUAACUGUGGGUGCUGUCUCCGCUGAUACAAGUUCAACCAAUAAGAACAGUGCACUAAGCGCAACAUCAACCAUUUCUGGUAAAAGUCAACCACCCAGCUCUAGCGAACAAGUCCACUCUCAACGCCCAUACCACGCGGAUCAAAGACAGCAAGUGCUACGUCAGCAGCAACAAAGGCUUCUACUCUUGCGACAUGCAUCUAAAUGCCCGCACGAAAACGGGAAAUGUCCGGUCACACCGCACUGCGCCGGGAUGAAACGGUUGUGGAAACAUAUCGCCGAAUGUAAAGACCAGCAGUGUCAAAUGGCGCAUUGUGUAUCUUCCCGAUAUGUCCUUUCGCAUUAUCAUCGAUGCAAGGACCAGCGAUGCGCAGUAUGUGGGCCAGUCCGAGAUGCAAUCCAGCGAAAUCACGAAAAAGCAAAACAACUUGCUAUGGCACAGUUCUUUUGACAGUGUCUCGAUGCUAAAACCUCAAGGCGAACUUAUACAUAGGCAUGAGUCGGGUAGUGGCACCGAAGGCCAAAGUAUGCAAGAUAUAUCUGGCAUUUGCUCAGACAGGCAUUCUCAACGUGCCCUAAACGAAGGGGGGCGAUCUACUGGGAGUGGAUACAUUCAGCGUACUGCUGGAGACAGAGCUAGACAGGGGCAUUUGUUAGUUAAGAGUGCCCAGUAUUUACAACCGCAUAGCGGAAAUAGAUACAGUAGUGCUUCUGGUGCGCACGACUUAAAAAAAACACGUGUUAUCAGUGGAAUCUCAAGUAAAAUCGUGGGCAAUGUCAAUAUCCACCGGACUCUAGAUGCAGCACAUAACACCACUUUAGCGUCCGCUGGUCGGAUCGAAGAAGGCACUAGCCUCUUGAACUCGUUUACACCUACGCAGGUCCAUGCACACCUUCAGUCACUAAAAAUGGGACUUCGAUUGAGCUCUGCUAAGAUACGUCAGAAAUGUGCACCAGUCCUCAAGAAAUUAACAGAUCACGAAUGCUCCUGGAUAUUCAUGCAACCAGUCGAUCCAGUUGAAUUAAAUCUUCCUGACUAUUUUGAUGUUGUCAAAACCCCAAUGGACCUCGGCUCAAUAAAAAAGCGGAUGGAGAAUAACUGUUACAAAAGUAUAUUGGAUUUUGCUGCUGAUGUGCGCCUCACUUUUGAUAAUGCUGUGACAUACAACGGAGAUGGCUCAGAUGUUUGCAAAGUAGCACGUGAAAUGAAGCUAACUUUUGAAAAGCUCUACCAAGUCAUGAUUGCAACCAUCGAAGCAGAAGAAAAACAAAGAAAACUGAAUGGCGACGUAUGCAUCCUAUGCGGUUGCGAAAAACUUCUUUUUGAGCCUACAGUUUACUACUGCAACGGGUCCUGUAAUGGACAGCGUAUUCGACGCAACUCAUAUUAUUAUACAGGGGGUCGAAAUCAGUAUCAUUGGUGUCAACAGUGCUUCAACGAGCUGCGUGACAAACAGCCUCUUGAAUUUGCCGAUUGUACAUUGUGGAAGAAGGACUUGCAAAAAAAGAAAAAUGAUGAAAUGCAUGAAGAGCCCUGGGUAGAGUGCUCGCAGUGCAACCGGUGGGUUCAUCAAAUAUGCGCCUUGUUUAAUGGUCGGAUGAAUAAGGGAACGACAAUAUAUCAUUGUCCUUUUUGCUUUAUGGCCCAGCGUGGCAAAAAGGACCCCCAUCCGAGACCACUUGGCGCAAAAGAUAUUCGCCACACGAAACUAUCUCGUUUUCUCGAAGACCGUGUCAUCAAAUCACUGCAAGAUGUUCACACAAGGAACUCAACGACUUCACCCAGCAAACCAACUCCUGUUUAUGUUCGACAGCUUUCAAAUAUCGACAAAAUGCAUCAAGUGAAGCCCAAAAUUCUCAAGCGUUAUUCACAGCACAAGUACCCAUGUGAAUUUCCGAUGCGGUCAAAAUGCGUACUUCUCUUCCAGGAAAUGGACGGUGUUGAUGUGAUACUAUUUGGCAUGUACCUCUAUGAGUAUGGGCACAAGUGUCCACAGCCAAAUAACAGGCGUGUUUAUGUCAGUUAUCUUGAUUCAGUCUACUAUUUUCGCCCGAGAGAGAACCGCACUCUUGUAUACCACGAAAUGUUGAUCGCAUACUUAGCGCACGCAAAAGAGCGUGGCUUUCAUACUGCCCACAUCUGGGCCUGCCCACCUUGCAAGGGGGACGAUUAUAUUUUCUUCUGCCAUCCUGAAGACCAAAAGACGCCCAAAGACGACCGUCUUAGAUUAUGGUACAUAACGUUACUCAGAAAAGCGCGCGAUGAAGGUGUCGUUACUCGCAUAACUAACCUCUGGGAUGAAAAUUUCAAGAGUGAUUUUAACAUAACCCAGAUUCCAUACUUCGAGGGUGAUUACUGGCCAGGCGAGGCGGAGAAUGUGGCCAAAGCAAUUUCAGACGAGGCCAAUGAACGACUAGAAUCUAAAUCGAAGAAAAAAGCGAAGGCACGUGCACAGCGUGGCCUUCGGUCAGACGGGUCAGUGGAAGAAGAACUUGGAACGGACUCACUAAUUGUGCGGAUGGGCAAAAUCCUGGAGCCGAUGAAAGAUGCCUUUAUUGUUGCAUACCUGCAACCACGCAUAUUUGCAUGUGCAAUGGGGAUUCGUCACAAAAAGGAGUUGAAUAAUAGUAAUCAGCAUGGUGCAGAAAUACAGAGGGCACCUUCCAAUCUCAGAGUCGGGCAGACAAAGCCUAAUUCACCAGGCGUGGACAAAACAAGUCAAUCGGCCGCCAAAGCAAAUAUCAACGACCCUGAAGCUCGAGAUCAGAGAAUCAAUAGAGAGCGACACUUUGAUGAGACCGAAGAUAAGGAUGAAACUAUUGAAUCUGAAUUUUAUGACACACGGCAGCAAUUUCUGAAUUUAUGCCAGGGUAAUCACUAUCAAUUUGACGACCUGAGGAGGGCCAAGCAUACUUCAAUGAUGUCUUUGUAUCAUACACACAACCCUGAUGUGCCUAAAUUCCUCGUAACCUGCUCGAAUUGCAACAUUGAUAUUAACUCAGGGUGUUGCUACACAUCAGAACAAGACACGGAUUUUCACCUGUGCCAGGUGCGAACCCUAUUUUUUCGGAGUAAAGCGAACCCUGAGCCUGCAGGAGUGCUAUAAAAAAAUGCAUAAAAUGUUUUCCGAUAAGUUUCCGUUCAGGAGAUCAAUCGUUGGCGGCGAUUCGCAGGCCCAGCUCACGGAGGAGCAGCGCCGAGAUCGCCAUCGAUCGAUCCAGCUCCAUAUGCAGCUUCUUCAACAUGCCUCGGGCUGCAGAAACCAACAAUGUCCUUCUGCCAAUUGCAACAAGAUGAAGGUGCGUGAACGCCAGGCAUUCAUAUUGUUAGAUCGGUCCUCGCAGAACUUGUUAAAGCAUGGUGCAAAUUGUACAACACGAGUGCAGGGUGGCUGCGCUAUUUGCCGUCGAAUUUGGGCGUUGUUGCAGAUACAUGCGCGUCAGUGCCGUCGCGAGGCCUGUGUCGUACCAAAAUGCAGACAGCUUAAGGAGCAGCUGAGAGCACUAGCUCAACAGCAAGCCCAAAUGGAUGAACGUCGUCGGGCAGCCAUGAAUGCAGCAUACCGAAGGUAUCAAAUGAAUCCAAAUCACACCCUUUAAUAGCCAAUUACUUAGGGAUGGAACAAAGUUGGCGCUUUGAGUCCCACAACCUUACAUACCAAAUUACCGCUUUUGGACAUAAGAAUGCGUCCGGUGUGGCUAGGAGCACCAGCUGGGGCUACUAGACUGAAUUCUUGUGAUCCAGCAUUGCUUUGUGGCUUACAUUCACGCGGUUGUAGUCUCGCGACCCCCUACCAGUGAAUGACCUGGGCGGCCGAUGUGGUCGAUGUUGAGAGAUAUAGCAAGGUGGGAAUUUGUUUCCUGGAUCUAGCCAGGAAGAUGCUGCUCUUCCUAUCAAGACAGGAAGAGCGGGUCAUUGACGGCAACAUAGGCCGAAAUCGCGGCCGGGGCCCCAGGGCCGAGGAUUCCGACGAGACAGGAAGACAGGAAGACAGUAAGAUCUUUUAGCAAAGCAUAGUUAAAUUGGCACAGGAACGCCCCCCGGUCGGACACCAAGACACCAAGACGAAAAAAUUUACGCUACCCGAAAUCAGUGGUUUAUAAUAGAAAAGUCUUAAACCCGCACGGAAGCCUGAGGCCCCCACGCCCGAGUUGGCACCCUUGCGGAGCAGCCCCCGGCAGGGGAAAAGGUGUGAACCACUAC